GAGGCGUCCCGCACCGUGGGCGGGAGGCUGCGGCGGGAGACCCGUCCCGGAGACGCGGGGAAGAGCGAGCCGAUGGCGCUGGCGGCCGCGCUUCGACCCGGUAACUUACAAGAUUAUAAUUAGUGUGGUUGCUGAUGAUUCUGAAUAAAUACAGCUUUUAUCACAGGUGUGCCAUUUUGAAGACGGAGACAAUAGAGUUUUACCUUUGAGAAUAAAGGAGAGCCCUUGGAAAAUUCUGUAUUUUAUAUAGCAAAAAUGUGGAUCCCAGAUGGAAUGAAAUUACCUAUACCAUAGACAUUUUUGAAGCAUUUACAUCCAGUCACCUUGAAGAGUUUCAAAUGGACCAUACCACUGAGAAAUCAAGAUGGCAGCCCACUAUGGGGAAUUGAGGAAAAUGGAUUAAUCCAAGAAUGCUGUGAUAUUAUACAACCAUCCCAGGGUUCUUUUAAUAUGGAUUCCAUGAAAUGAACGAUUCUUACCCAACACAAAUGGACAGUGGGAUUUACUUUCUAAAGACUUGUUACAUAUCAUGUACAUUUUAACAUCUGGAGAAGAUGCUACAUUUAUUCAAAUGGUAGUUUGUAUUUCUGGAAUUUCUUACAAUUUUGAUCUGAGUGACCAUAUGGAAUGUUAACUUCAAUAAAAUCUCUAAAACUUAAAAGAUUUCUCAGUUUGGCCCUUUUUUAAAUUUUUUUUUUUUUUAAAGUGGAAGCUUUCAUUAAAUGUUCAUUUCCCCUUAAUAACAUUUUGACCUUUAUCCUUUGCUUUUCAUUAAAGUAUACUGAAUAAAGCUGGUAAAAUGGAAUGGUGUACUGGAGAAUGUUUUGUUUGAUUGGGAUUUAUGUUUAUUGGCAAAGCUGUGUCUGUGUAUCUGUGCUGAGUGGAAUGACCCUUUGGUUAAAAAGCAGUUUGGUUGGUGUUCAUUAUAGGAUUUAAAUGAAUUUCAUUGAAUUUGUUUGGGUCUUUUCAAAACAUUUUGCAUUUUAAUCAGUGGGUAAUAGGAACCUUGAAAGUGUCAUGAGAUUAUAAUGAAUUUACAAAACAAAGUAAAGUACUUGUUGGCUACACAGACUGAGACCAAGUAUCUCAAUUUGUGUUGAUGCAAAUGGCCUCGUUGACCUGUGUUUUUAAAGUAUAAAUAAAACAUCUCGCAGUAGAAUUCUCAUCAUAUUUGAGUUAUACUGAUGUUUGUAUUGUCUAACAUUAGAUGUGUAUUUGUAGGGCUUUUAGGGUAUAAUACACACCAAAGGUCCUAAAACAGCAGUGCAAUUUACAUUUGAAAAAAAUCUUGUUUCCUGCUAUACAGUUGGGAGUUUAAAUGGAUCACACUAUGCUUUGGAUUAUCCAUGGUUGGAAUCAAAUGACACGUUUUUAUUUAUUGAUCUUAGCUAGUAACAGUUUCGUUAACUAAUGUAAAGAAAUGAUGGGGAUUUGUUUUGUGGACCAAAUGACCAUUGAUUAUAUUUUCUCAAUAUAGAAAACGAACAAAAUAACCCAUUGUUAAUGUAAAAUACCUUAGAAUACACAUCUAUGGUUAAUACACAUGCAGUGUUGUUCGUUGAGUGAUGUGAGGUAGUUGGUUGGUCUUCGUGUAAAUUGGAAAAUGAAUUUUGGAUUUUUGUUUGGAUGCAAAAAUAUCUGUAGAUUUGAAACUUGAUUGUGGAUUUUGCAUUUACUUAUAUUUAACAUAAUUGCUUUUGGUUGUAAAUCUGAAGUGGAUUACCACAUUGAUGGAGUGACAUGGUUUUGACCAAUUACAGGGUUUAGUAAAGGAAUGUUUUGAGUUUUUAGGGUCUGUAGGUGGUAUACUUGUCUGUAUGGGAGAGAACACUGCAUUUGUAAUUUUGUUUCUAUAGACUUUGUGUUUUCACCUUUAGGGAGUUUGUCUUCAAAAGUUUGAUAAUUGGCUGUUAGGUGUGUCCUGUUGUAAAUGACCUGUUAUUGAUGAAAUAUGAGUGUACCUAGAAUUGGAUUUGAAAUAUGAGUGAAGCAUUGGGCUAUGCUGGUUAUUUUGGUUUUGGAGUUGAGAUUGAGUUUUUGAUUGAAGGGUGACCAUGGUUGGUGUAUAUUCUUGAUUUUGUAGUUACUCAUUUUGCCUAAAUCAGUUUAAGAAGUAAAUAUGUAACGAGUAUGAGAAUUUUUUAAUGUGUGGCGCCUCCAAGGUUAUAUAAUGGGUUAAAGAAUUUUCAUGAUUCUGGGUGGGGUAGGAUGGUUGUAUUAAAUUUUGCUCUACUGCAACUGAACACUAGGGAGGCGCUCUUGAGUUGUAAAAAAAUUACCCCUUCCAGUUGGGGUAGACAAUUCCCCUUUAAACUUAAUCUUUAGAUGGUUUUUAGGGACCAUAAAGAAGGCAAGAGUUGAGUCAUUUAUAGUAUUGCUGGUGCUUCUAGCUACAAGCCAUUUUACCCAUGGGGGUGUUAAUUUUUUUAAAGAUUAGUAUUUAAGCUGAGCUUUAGAUUCUCUAAAAAUUAUCCUUAUUUCAAAAUGGCUUGAUAAAACACCACUUCCUGUCCAGGGAGGAAGUUAUUUUAGCUCAAGGACUGAAAUAUUUAGCAGAUCUUUAGACAAAAGGAACAAAUUACAUUUCUCUCUGGCUUAAAAAGGGUGCUUGAGCCAGAGGGGGUUAAGAAGCCCUUCCCCCUCCCCCUCAUGGAGUGGUCUGGAGGGGCAGGGAGGUGUGGGGUUGGGGGUCUUAAGGCUCCCUUGGAUGGAGGAUCUAGGUUUUUUUCUUUUUUCUUUCUUUUUUUUUUUUUUGGUGGAGAUGAAGGGGUGGGUCUAUGGUACAUCACCUGAGUUGUGGGGUAAAUGUAGAGAGUGUCAAUCAAAGGCAGAGCUCUCAGAGCUGGGAAGGAGGCUCUAGAUGGCGGCUGUGCCUUAGAGAGAGCGCGCUUUGCUCCCUGCUUCGGUUCACUUUACGCAACUUUCCCUAACUUUCGGGCAGCCUCAGGGGGCCCCCGCAACCCCCUGCCUCUUCUAGUGACUUACUGGGGUCGAACCGAACCUUUUUUUGGGAGAAAAGCAGCUUUUAGGAGCUUUCUUUUCGUGCCUUGUUGGAAGAAGCUGCCGUAUUGAGAGCCCAGGUCGUUGUUUUUUCCAGCUUAGAAGCCAUGGCGCACCUCCAUUUUUGUGCGCUCUCCUAAUGAGGCUUUUUUUUCCCUUCCGGACCUGUUUUAGUAUUAAUUACUGCUUUAUUUUUUGACAAGUCAACACAUUUGAGGACUAUUUCAUUUACUUUUUGUUUUUUAACGGAGGAUUUUGCGUUAUUUUUAAUUAUUUCGGAUCUGAUAUUUUUCUACUACUAGAUAGGACUCUUGUUUUGGAAUACUACAUGGAUCAGUAAAUACCUGGGCACAGGACUUCAAAGCAAACACAGAUUCCCCCUCCCCCUUAAUAUUUAAGAAUUAAAAGAUGAUGAGAAAUAAGGACAAAAGCCAAGAGGAGGACAGUUCGCUACACAGCAAUGCAUCGAGUCAUUCGGCCUCUGAAGAAGCUUCGGGUUCAGACUCUGGCAGUCAGUCGGAAAGUGAACAGGGCAGUGACCCCGGAAGUGGACAUGGCAGCGAGUCCAAUAGCAGUUCUGAAUCUUCUGAGAGUCAGUCAGAAUCUGAAAGUGAAUCAGCAGGUUCCAAAUCACAGCCAGUCCUUCCAGAAGCCAAAGAGAAGCCUGCCUCUAAGAAGGAACGGAUAGCUGACGUGAAGAAGAUGUGGGAAGAAUAUCCUGAUGUUUAUGGGGUUAGGCGGUCAAACCGAAGCAGACAAGAACCAUCACGAUUUAACAUUAAGGAAGAGGCAAGUAGCGGGUCUGAGAGCGGGAGUCCAAAAAGAAGAGGCCAGAGGCAGCUGAAAAAACAAACAGUGCCCAAACCUCAAGUUAAAAAGCAACCCAAGACUCAGCGUGGAAAGCGGAAAAAGCAGGAGUCUUCUGAUGACGAUGACGAUGACGAUGAAGCUCCCAAAAGGCAGACUCGACGAAGAGCUGCUAAAAAUGUGAGUUACAAAGAAGAUGAUGACUUUGAGACUGAUUCAGAUGAUCUCAUUGAAAUGACUGGAGAAGGAAUUGAUGAACAGCAAGAUAAUAGUGAAACUAUUGAAAAGGUCUUAGAUUCAAGACUGGGAAAGAAAGGAGCCACUGGAGCAUCCACCACUGUGUAUGCUGUUGAAGCCAAUGGAGACCCGAGCGGCGACUUUGACACGGAGAGGGAGGAAGGGGAAAUCCAAUACCUUAUCAAGUGGAAGGGCUGGUCUUACAUCCACAGCACAUGGGAGAGUGAAGAAUCCUUACAACAACAGAAGGUGAAGGGCCUGAAAAAACUGGAGAACUUCAAGAAGAAAGAGGACGAGAUCAAACAAUGGUUAGGGAAAGUUUCUCCAGAAGAUGUUGAAUAUUUCAAUUGCCAACAGGAGCUGGCAUCAGAGUUGAAUAAACAGUAUCAGAUAGUAGAAAGAGUAAUAGCUGUGAAGACAGGUAAAUCUGCAUUGGGCCAAACAGAUUUUCCAGCUCAUAGUCGGAAGCCAGCGCCUUCAAAUGAGCCUGAAUAUCUAUGCAAAUGGAUGGGACUGCCCUAUUCAGAGUGUAGCUGGGAAGAUGAAGCCUUGAUUGGAAAGAAAUUCCAGAAUUGUAUCGACAGCUUCCACAGUCGUAACAACUCCAAAACCAUUCCAACAAGAGAAUGCAAGGCACUAAAGCAAAGACCACGAUUUGUAGCUUUAAAGAAGCAGCCAGCAUACUUAGGAGGGGAGAAUCUGGAGCUCCGAGAUUAUCAGCUAGAGGGUCUCAACUGGCUUGCUCACUCCUGGUGCAAAAGCAACAGUGUAAUCCUUGCUGAUGAAAUGGGCCUAGGAAAGACCAUCCAGACCAUAUCAUUUCUCUCCUACCUGUUCCACCAGCACCAGCUCUAUGGACCCUUUCUUAUAGUCGUCCCCUUAUCCACCCUCACUUCAUGGCAGAGGGAGUUUGAAAUCUGGGCACCAGAGAUUAAUGUAGUGGUUUAUAUAGGUGACCUGAUGAGCAGAAAUACGAUAAGGGAAUAUGAGUGGAUUCAUUCUCAAACUAAAAGGUUGAAGUUCAAUGCACUUAUAACAACGUAUGAGAUCCUCUUAAAAGAUAAGACCGUGCUGGGCAGUAUUAACUGGGCCUUCCUGGGAGUAGAUGAAGCCCAUCGGUUGAAGAAUGAUGACUCUUUAUUGUAUAAAACUCUGAUUGAUUUCAAGUCCAGCCACAGGCUACUGAUCACGGGCACCCCUCUUCAGAAUUCCCUCAAGGAACUUUGGUCUUUGCUGCACUUUAUUAUGCCGGAGAAGUUUGAGUUCUGGGAAGAUUUUGAAGAAGACCAUGGAAAGGGGAGAGAGAAUGGUUAUCAGAGUCUUCAUAAGGUACUAGAGCCUUUCCUUCUUCGGAGAGUCAAAAAAGAUGUGGAGAAAUCCCUUCCUGCCAAAGUGGAACAGAUUCUCAGGGUGGAGAUGUCAGCCCUUCAGAAACAGUAUUAUAAAUGGAUCUUGACCAGGAAUUACAAGGCUCUCGCCAAAGGAACAAGGGGCAGCACAUCUGGCUUUCUUAAUAUUGUGAUGGAGCUGAAAAAAUGCUGCAAUCACUGCUACCUGAUCAAAGCUCCAGAGGAAAAUGAAAGGGAGAACGGCCAGGAGGUCCUUCAGUCUCUAAUCAGGAGCAGUGGGAAGCUGAUUCUGUUAGACAAAUUGUUGACAAGACUCCGAGAAAGGGGAAACAGAGUCCUGAUCUUCUCUCAGAUGGUGAGAAUGUUGGAUAUUCUGGCCGAGUACCUGACUAUCAAACACUAUCCUUUCCAGCGCCUGGAUGGUUCUAUCAAGGGAGAAAUCCGAAAACAGGCAUUGGAUCACUUCAAUGCAGAUGGUUCUGAGGACUUCUGCUUCCUGCUCUCCACACGGGCUGGGGGCCUAGGAAUCAAUCUGGCUUCAGCGGACACAGUUGUCAUCUUUGACUCCGACUGGAACCCCCAGAACGACUUGCAGGCACAAGCCCGAGCGCAUAGAAUCGGUCAGAAGAAGCAGGUGAAUAUUUACCGCUUGGUUACAAAGGGGACUGUGGAAGAGGAGAUCAUAGAACGGGCCAAAAAGAAGAUGGUGUUGGACCAUCUCGUGAUUCAGCGCAUGGACACCACUGGCAGGACAGUCCUCGAAAACAACUCAGGAAGAUCCAACUCUAAUCCUUUUAAUAAAGAAGAGCUGACCGCCAUCUUGAAAUUUGGAGCAGAGGAUCUCUUCAAAGAAGUUGAAGGAGAGGAGUCAGAGCCUCAGGAGAUGGACAUAGACGAAAUCUUGCGCUUGGCUGAAACCAGAGAGAAUGAAGUGUCGACUAGUGCAACAGAUGAGCUUCUGUCGCAGUUUAAGGUUGCCAACUUUGCAACGAUGGAAGAUGAAGAGGAGCUAGAGGAACGUCCUCACAAGGACUGGGAUGAAAUCAUUCCAGAGGAGCAAAGGAAGAAAGUGGAGGAGGAGGAACGACAGAAGGAGCUAGAAGAAAUCUAUAUGCUGCCGCGAAUUCGUAGUUCCACUAAAAAGGCUCAGACAAAUGACAGCGAUUCUGACACGGAGUCUAAGAGGCAAGCCCAGAGAUCGUCUGCUUCUGAGAGUGAGACAGACGACUCUGACGACGAUAAGAAGCCGAAGCGCAGAGGGCGCCCCCGAAGUGUGCGCAAAGACCUGGUGGAGGGCUUCACGGACGCAGAGAUCCGAAGGUUCAUCAAGGCUUAUAAGAAGUUUGGUCUCCCUCUUGAAAGGCUAGAGUGCAUAGCACGUGAUGCCGAGCUAGUGGACAAGUCUGUGGCAGACCUGAAACGCCUCGGGGAACUGAUUCAUAAUAGCUGUGUGUCAGCAAUGCAGGAAUAUGAAGAACAGCUGAAAGAAAAUGCCAGCGAAGGAAAAGGACCAGGCAAGAGAAGAGGCCCAACCAUCAAGAUCUCUGGGGUUCAGGUUAAUGUGAAGUCCAUUAUCCAACAUGAAGAAGAGUUUGAGAUGCUGCAUAAAUCUAUCCCUGUGGACCCUGAGGAAAAAAAAAAAUACUGCCUGAGCUGCCGAGUCAAAGCGGCGCAUUUCGAUGUGGAGUGGGGUGUGGAGGAUGAUUCUCGUCUGUUGCUUGGGAUCUAUGAACAUGGCUAUGGAAACUGGGAGCUAAUUAAGACAGACCCAGAGCUAAAACUCACUGAUAAAAUUCUACCAGUGGAGACAGAUAAAAAGCCUCAGGGGAAGCAGCUGCAGACCCGGGUGGACUACUUGCUGAAGCUGCUCAGGAAGGGUCUGGAGAAGAAGGGCACUGUGACCAGUGGGGAGGAGACCAAACUAAAGAAACGGAAGCCUCGAGUAAAGAAGGAAAAUAAAGCCCCCAGGCUGAAGGAUGAGCAUGGGCUUGAACUGUCAUCCCCAAGACACUCAGACAACCAGUCUGAAGAGGGGGAAGUGAAGGAUGAUGGCUUAGAAAAAAGUCCAACGAAAAAAAAGCAGAAGAAGAAAGAGAACAAGGAGAACAAAGAAAAACCAGUGAGUUCUCGGAAGGACAGGGAAGGAGACAAAGAGAGGAAGAAGUCCAAGGACAAGAAAGAGAAGGUUAAAGGUGGUGAUGCCAAGUCUUCAAGUAAAUCAAAGCGAGCUCAGGGUCCUGUCCACAUUACAGCGGGAAGUGAACCUGUUCCCAUUGGGGAGGAUGAAGAUGAUGAUCUGGACCAGGAAACCUUCAGCAUUUGUAAAGAGAGGAUGAGGCCUGUGAAAAAGGCACUGAAACAGCUGGACAAACCUGACAAGGGACUCAAUGUGCAAGAACAGCUGGAGCACACCAGGAACUGCCUGCUUAAAAUUGGAGACCGCAUAGCUGAGUGCCUUAAAGCUUAUUCAGACCAGGAGCACAUCAAAUUGUGGAGGAGGAACCUAUGGAUUUUUGUUUCCAAGUUUACAGAAUUUGAUGCACGAAAACUACAUAAAUUAUAUAAGAUGGCUCAUAAGAAAAGAUCUCAAGAAGAGGAGGAACAAAAGAAGAAAGAUGAUACGCUUGGUGGUAAGAAACCAUUUCGACCAGAGGCCUCGGGCUCAAGCCGGGAUUCUCUGAUAUCUCAGUCCCAUACCUCACACAACCUUCAUCCUCAGAAGCCUCAUUUGCCUGCCUCCCAUGGUCCACAGAUGCAUGGACAUCCAAGAGAUAACUACAGUCAUCCCAACAAGAGACACUUUAGUAAUGCAGAUCGAGGAGACUGGCAGAGAGAAAGAAAGUUCAACUAUGGUGGUGGUAACAAUGCCCCCUGGGGCAGUGACCGGCACCAUCAAUAUGAGCAGCACUGGUACAAGGAUCACCAUUAUGGUGACCGGAGACAUAUGGAUGCCCACCGUUCUGGAAGCUACCGACCUAACAACAUGUCCAGAAAGAGACCUUAUGAGCAGUACAGCAGUGACCGAGACCACCGGGGACACAGAGACUAUUAUGACAGGCACCAUCAUGACUCUAAGCGGAGGAGAUCAGAUGAUUUUAGGCCCCAGAAUUACCACCAGCAGGAUUUCCGACGAAUGUCUGACCACCGACCCACGAUGGGUUACCACGGCCAGGGACCCUCAGACCAUUACCGCUCUUUUCACACAGACAAGUUGGGGGAAUAUAAACAGCCCCUGCCCUCACUGCACACUGCGGUCUCAGAUCCUCGCUCACCUCCUUCCCAGAAAUCUCCCCAUGAUUCCAAGUCACCCUUGGAUCACAGGUCUCCUUUGGAGAGAUCACUAGAACAGAAGAACAACCCCGAUUAUAACUGGAAUGUUCGGAAAACAUAAAGGACGGCUCCGCCGGGGAGAGGUGGCAGGAGCCGUCAAGCACUUGGACGUUCUGGCCUGGCCCAGCGGGGGCCGGUGCUCAGGCUGGGAGCGGAGUGUUUGGAUGCACUGCUGCUGAGUCCCUGAGUUGGCGGCUGAAGGAGCACUUGAGGGAGUGGAGGCCCUGGUCUGCUGCUUUGGUUUGGCCUCCACUCCUGCACUUUGGCACCCAUCCCACCCUCGCCUCUUGUGGCCUCCCACCUCCGAGGGUGCUCGGAGGAAGAGGCGACUUUCUGUCCCCGCUGCAUCGGGCUGCUUCCCCUGGGAAGGACUCGGGGAUCUUGAGAGUCAGUGAAUGUUAGAGUCGGCAUGAGUGACCAGGGCGAGGACCUGCUGGACAGUGUGUGAUUGGUUCACUAUGACACGAGGGAUGCUGCUGAUGGGAAGUGGGGGGUCACAGGGCGGGGUUCACACUGCAAGACUUGAAAGGGGAGCAGGCAUACCCCUCUGCUGUGUUCUUGGGAGAAAUGAUACACUUGGUCUCAUUAUGUGAAGGGGGUGGGGAUAAAGAGACAGGGAAUAACUUCCACCAUGGCCUCCUACCUGCCAACACUAAUUUUUUCCGUACUAUCUUUGUACAUUUCAAAGGUUUGGUCUCCUGGUGGGGUCCAUUUCCCUCUUUGUCAGGGAAAGUUGGAUCCCUCUGGCUGAUUUUAGAGUACUGUGACUUUGGCGUCAUCGGUGCCAGGUCUUACUUGUUUGGGGAGUGGGCUGAGUGGGUGUGGGGUGGAGAUGGGGGUGGGGUAGUGUGACCAGGAACUAGGAAUCCCUGGUGGGUUUCUGGUUCCUGGGUUGAGAAGGAAAGUCACAGGUCCUGGAGAUGGAAAUGGAGGUGGCCUGCUGAUGAGAUUCCUGCUGGUGAGCCCAGGGGUGGGGCACUCAUGCAGAUGGGGGUGGGACUCCUGAUGUGGGCGGUGGUAGUGCCAGCAAGCAGGGAGCGUUCAGUGUUGGAGUGGGUCAGCGAGGGCACUUGCAUCUCGGUUCCUUUACACAGCUUGAAGAGGCAGACGGGCUCUCUGGACCCACACCUCUCGACAGUGGAGGUGCAGUCAUGAAAACAGCUACUCAUGUGGUUACAUUGCCAUUGCAAGUUGGGAUUCAGUAGAAUCAAACCCUGCCGCUUUAAGAUCUGUAGAGUAUAAGCCUAAGUUAAUUUUUUCCCAAAUCCCAAGCAUCCAUGACAGGAGUAGCUGAGCUGUAUGAUGGCAGGAGGCCUGUGAGGGUCAGGCUGGGUCGGGGUUAGGGGGAGGGCCGCUGGUGGGUUGCAUCAUUGAAUGGCUCUUCUCAGUGGAUGGAUAACUGGGUCGGCCCUGUGGUUUUACUCACUUUCAGUAUAGCUUGCCAGUAUUGUUAGGGUAUCCAAAGCCUUUCUAGAUGGAGACAGCAAAACUGACUUGAACAUAUGGUAUGGUGUGCCUCUGUAAGCUCAUUCUGAGUUGAUGAAGUCUUGUGUUGGACAUACACAGGAUUCGGCUCUUGGGGAACUCCCUGGGGGACAGGGUGGGGCCCGUCCUGGGCAGUACCAUUAAUGACUUUCCCAAGACAAGCUUGAGUGGUGUCCUUGAGUGCAUCAUCUGGCCGUGGUAUGGCUGUGGUGGGCCAUUGCUUCUGCUGCUUAGAGUAAGUACCAAGGACCUGCAAGUCAGUCCUUGCAGCCAGUGCUCAGCAGACCAUCACCUUCUUGAUCCUCGUGGUCCUUCACCCUGACCAUGUACAUGCAUGACUGCCCUGGAGUUCCCUGGCUGUCGUCUCCUGCCUGGUGGCCUGCCAUGACUUCUCAGUUGAAGGCUGAAAGUCUGGUCCCCUUUGGCCACACAGUGAAAAGUGAACCAUAGAUGGAGCUUCUUGCUGAUCACAUCAACACUAGUCUGUUUGGCCUGCUGUGCUCUGAGGUGCUGGGAGCUCAGCAAGAACAGGAGGUCCCCUGUGGAAGGUGGAGGGCUUUGCCUUUCCGUACUACCUAGGUCUGUCUGUCUUUCAACUUGUUGGUAGAAGUUACACGUUAUUCUCAAAGAUGUCUCAUCAUGAGGAAAAAGGAUCUUCCUUUUGUUCACGUUCAGGACUAAAGUGCCAUAAAGUGCAGCAAAAGGCAAUGUUGGCCAGAUCAGUGUUACAUUGAUUCUAAGAUUGCAGUAUCUCCCACCAAACGUCUGUUCUAGGUGUUGACGUGUAUUUGAAGGGUGGGUUGGAGAAAGGAGGCAUUCCUCUUGCUUUAGACCAGCAUGUGCAUCACAUGCUUUACACGGAAAUUUGCACAGGCGGGAGACGAAGCCCGUGGAGCUCUGCUGGGCCUAGCUGGGCAGCCCGUGGUUGAGGAAAUGGCGGGACUUGAGGAGAGGGGGUGUUGCCAAGGCCUGAAGUACUGUGAUGCACUGUGACCCUAGAAAAGGACGGUGAUGUCUCUGCUGAUCACUGUGUCCUCUCAUUGGCCAGCCUGCGGGAGCCCAAUCUCAUGGUCCUUCCUUGGACUCUGUGUAGUCAGUCAUUCCUUAAGCCCCGCCAAGGGAACGCAAACAUUUCUCACUGUGCUGCUGAUGUUCUGAGCUGGUGUGGCUGGCAGCUACAUCAGGCCGUGCAGAGCAAAGGUGAUUCACUUAAGUGUUCACACACAGCAACACUGAAAUCCUAUAGACCAAAACCCACUUGUCAGCAGGAGCCGUGUCCAGGCCCAGCACCCGUGGGCUGCUAGCUCAUCCGAGGCCAGCUGUAUCGGGUGAAGAGAGCCAUGCCAAGGGUCCAGGCUGCUUUAGUCCAUCUGUGCCCUACCCAUUUGGGAACAGGUGGUUUUUCUUGUAAACUUGUGGACUUUUGAAACCUGUUGACUAAACAGUAAUUAAUUUAUAUUUGUGAAAAAUGCCACUGUCCUAGUGAUUUCUGAUGUAAAUAAUGUUGUUUAUAUAGUAUGUAUUAAAAUUUUCCUACAUUGUAAAA